AUGGCGGAAAGGUAUGCUGUAGGAAUAGACCUUGGAACAACCUAUUCUUGUGUUGCUGUUUGGUUGGAGGAUAAAAACAGAGUUGAGAUAAUCCACAACGAUGAAGGCAACAAAAUCACACCCUCCUUUGUAGCUUUCACUGAUCAUCAGAGGUUGGUCGGUGGUUCUGCUAAGGAUCAAGCUGCCAUCAAUCCACAAAACACUGUUUUUGAUGCAAAGAGGUUAAUUGGUAGGAAAUUCAGUGACCCUAUUGUUCAAAAAGAUAUAUUACUGUGGCCAUUUAAGGUUAUUUCUGGCGUUAAUGACAAACCUAUGAUUAGUGUUAAGUACAAAGGCCAGGAGAAGCUUCUUUGUGCGGAGGAAAUUUCAUCUAUUGUCCUCACAAAUAUGAAAGAAAUUGCAGAGGCAUAUUUGGAAUCACCGGUUAAAGAUGUAGUUGUUACUGUUCCAGCUUAUUUCAACGAUUCUCAGCGAAAAGCCACCAUGGAUGCCGGUGCCAUUGCUGGCCUUAAUGUUAUGCGAAUUAUUAAUGAACCCACUGCUGCCGCCAUUGCAUAUGGCCUUGAUAAGAGAGCUAACUGUGAAGGUGAAAGGAAUAUUUUUGUGUUUGAUCUUGGUGGUGGAACUUUUGAUGUGUCUCUCCUGACAAUUAAAGGUGAUGUCUUUGAAGUUAAAGCUACUGCUGGAAACACUCACAUUGGAGGAGAGGACUUUGACAAUAGAAUGUUGAACUACUUUGUCGAGGAAUUUAAGAGGAAGAACAAAGUGGAUAUCACUAGGAAUCCAAGAGCCUUGAGAAGGUUGAAAACUGCAUGUGAAAAGGCAAAAAGGACACUAACAUUCAAAUCACUCGCCUCUAUUGAGAUAGAUAAUUUAUUUGAGGGCAUUGACUUCUCUUCAUCGAUCACUCGUGUCAAAUUUGAGGAAAUUAAUAUGGACCUUUUUAAUGAGUGUAUGAAGACUGUUGAGAGUUGUUUUACUGAUUCAAAGAUGGACAAGAGCAGUGUAGAUGAUAUUGUUCUUGUGGGUGGCUCGUCUAGGAUUCCCAAAGUGCAGAAACUGUUGCGUGAUUUCUUCAAUGGGAAGUAUUUGUGCAAGAGCAUCAAUCCUGAUGAGGCUGUUGCUUGUGGGGCAGCAGUUCAUGCUGCUUUGCUGAGUGAAGGGCUUAAGAAUGUUCCAAACUUGGUGCUGCGAGAUGUUACACCCUUGUCACUUGGUAUUUCAAUAAAUCCAGGUAUACGUGCCAUGGAUGUGGUAAUUCCUAGGAACACUUCCAUCCCUGUCAAGAAAGCAAAAGGAUAUGGAACACCUAAGGAUAGUUGUGGUGUCUCUAUUGAGGUUUAUGAGGGUGAGAGAGCAAGUGUUGCAGACAACAAUCUGCUUGGUUCUUUUAUUCUUUUUUGUCCUGGUGUUCCUGGUGACAUGCCCGUGGAGGUAUGCUUUACUAUCGAUGAAAAUGGUAUCUUAACUGUUUCUGCAAAGGAAAAAUCUACCGGUAAUAAGAACGAGAUCACAAUAACCAACGACAGAGAAAGGUUAUCUACAGAAGAAAUUAAAAAAUUGAUUGAAGAAGCUAGAGAGUAUCACGCUGAAGAUGAGAGAUUCCUAAGAAAGGCUAAGGUAAUGAAUGAAUUAGAUGACUGCAUUUACAAGCUGACGAAUGCUCUAAAGAAUGAGGAUGUUAAAUCAAACCUAUCAUCUCAUAAAAUUAAAAAGAUCAAUCUUGCAAUUACUAAGGCUACAAAUUUGCUUGAUAAGAACAAGCACCAGAAUGAACUACAUGUUCUCGAAAAUCAUUUGAAGGGGCUUGAAAGUAUUUUGGAAGACAUUGAAAUCAAGAAUGGCUAG